GUUGAUCCGUACUUGAUGUUCUCUCUUGAGUUCGAUGCCAGCGCUUAUAUAAAGGUGAAGCCAAACCUACAAUCUUCUCAAAACCUAUUCAAACUCCUGAUUGUGUCAAUAUCGAUUAAAGCCAUGCAAUACCUCUCAUUUCUUGUGGUGCUCGUUGGCAUUGCCCUGUGGAUCGGCCCCGAAGUCCAAGGCCAACCGGCCCAAUUUCCCGUGUGCCAAUGCUUCGCAGCCUGUCCCGUGGGCACAUGUUCCAAUUGGACAAUGCCAGGUCAAUGUUGCGACAACUUGGCGGAUUGCUCACCCGGUGGAUGCUGCGAUGAUAUUUGCGAGGUGGACACGGAUUGUAAAAUGGGCCCCUGUGGAACGUGCCUCAAACAGGAAGAAGAGGACGAACACGGACGAUGUGGCCAAGCCUAGUGAAUGGAUGGAUGUCGAUUAAUGUUCACAUUUAAUCGUAUUUUCUGGAAAUUUACAGCCGGUCUAAAAUAAAUGCAACGGCGAGUCCUCUCGACACCAAGUCAA